CAAACACGAAGCAACAAACAGCACCGCAUGGCGAUGGUCAACCAUCCUUCCUCAGUAACCAUAGCAUGGUUCCUCUUGUUCUUGACCAUAAUCCACCAAUCAUUUUCUGCUCGAACUUUAGGUAACUCAUCACAGGGCAAUGGCGAUCAUCACGCCAACCUAGCAAUCAGCUUCUCCAUGCCUGAUGCGCUGAGCCAGAAACAUCCCUCGUCCAGGCCAGUAACAACUAAAGUAAAUGGUCAAAUUCCCUUCUCCAAACCACUAGGCUUUUUUCCACCUAUUGGAGGCAUUCCCUUGGCUAAUAUUGAUACCAUCCCGAUGACUGGAUUGCCAUCUCAAACCAUCGAUUUAGAAGGAAUCAGCAUGUCAUUUCCGGCCAUCGCGACUCUUCAAGAAUUGGAGCUGGGAACUGUGACAACAAUUAAUGAGGACAUAUAUGAAGGAUUCGUAUUCGGUUCGUCGUUGCUUGGCAAAGCACAAGGGAUUUCUGUUGCUAGCUCAGAAGAUGGAAGUAGUCAUAUGAUGGCGAUGACAGCAAGUUUUAUAGUUAUUGGUGGCACCGGGAAGUAUCAAAAUGCUAAUGGAUUUGCAACGGUCAAGACUGUGAAUAUCAGCUCCAGCUUGAAGGGUGAAGAGAGUGAAGAAGCGUACAAGCUCCUGCUGUUCAAUGUUUAUCUUGGUUAGGCGGCUUGAUCUAUCUACUCAAUGCCCUGUUAAAGAGUCAUAUAUUGUAACUUAAUUAGUCUUCUUCUUGGACUCUUUGUGAGGAAGGAAAGCAAUUGAUUGUCAUGAAUUAUUGUGGCAUGAGAAAGCUUCUAAUCAUUGAUUUGGUGGAGA